CAAAGCGGAAAUUAUACAAGCGUUGCUCCAGUACGACACUCUCCGCCGGGUAGGAGGGCGGGUCGAGGGGUCAGGUGUCCGGCGGGCACUCAGCCUGCCGGUCAGCGACUCACAGUGCCUCCAGGCCCGGCACAGUGCAAGGCGGCCCCACUUACGCUGUGCACUGCCUUGCCCAGUGUAGUCACCUGCACGCCGCGAGACUCUUUAGACUGUCAAUCUGAUCAAUCAAACCUGGAUGAGAAUGGGAUUUCGAAUGUGAGAGAGUAAUAAGAUCACAGUGUUGAAUAAUAUAGGAACACAAUUGUCGCAGUGAAAGUUACAUCACGAACAAUCCAUUAUAAAAAGGCACAAAGCGAGAGCCUGAGGUGGACGCGUGCGUUGCAUGACAACUCGCACACACUAGUGACGCGUAGCCUGAGUGACGAUGUCUCCGCUACGGGUACUGGCACUCCUGAUGGUGCUGAUGGUGGUGAUGGUGAUGAUGACGGAGGAGGUUGAGGGAGUACGACGCAGGCGGCGGCGGCGGCGGCCUCGGGGAAAGAGGGUGCGAGUAGAAGGUGGAAAUGGAACCAGGAGGAUACGGCACGCGGCGGGCAGGAGAGCAGAGUUCGUGCGGCGGCGCCUGAGGAAAGCACGAAGGCGCAACGACGAGGGCACGCUGCGGCUGAUAGACGGCCGUGCGGAGUGGGAGGGAAACGUGCAAAUAUUCCACGAGAACCGCUGGGGUAACAUUUGCGACGACGAGUGGGAUGAUCGUGAGGGAGAAAUGGUCUGCAAGGCUUUGGGUUUCCCUGGCCUUGAAAAAGUGACGUACAACGGAGUCUACGGUCAUGCCAGAGACAGGUUCUGGAUGGAUAACCUUUUCUGCAUGGGCACGGAGAAGAACCUGACACAGUGCAAAUUUGACGGCUGGGGCAUCCACGACUGCGAGCGGGACGAAGCAGCUGGGGUGGUUUGCGAGAGUCACUUCGCUUCAUCCACUCAACCGCCCACUCUACCUCCAAGAGAUCAGCCAGUCAUUAUAAAUAAAACCGUAUUAAAACACUCAGUGGAAGGGAAAGUGAAGCUUCGCCUACAGGGAGGACGGACGGAGUUUGAGGGUCGAGUAGAGGUGCAGCUGGCGGGGUCUGAAGAGUGGGGGUUGUUGUGUGGCGAUGGCUGGUCUCUGCUGGAGGGCAUGGUGGUGUGCCGCCAGCUGGGGUAUGGCUAUGCUCAAGGCGCUUUGUCCACAGGCUUCUUUGGGGGAAAUAAGUCAGACAUCAUUAUCAGCGGCAUGAAGUGCACUGGGAAUGAGAAACUGAUAGAGCAGUGUCUCCAUGAUGCUGUGGGGGAGGUCUUCUGCCCUGAUCCAUCUAAUAAUGGGAAUAUCGCAGGAGUCACCUGUGUUCAAAAAAUGGCAGAUUUGGUGCCAGACCACAUGGAAAUGGCUCGGUCAGCUCGCCUGGAAGACAAGCAGCUCUUCUUCCUGCAGUGUGCUAUGGAAGAAAAUUGUUUAGCCACAUCAUCUGCAGAGGUUGAGAGGAGUGGGUAUGGGUGGCACCUCAAUACUCGAAGACUCAUGCGCUUCACUGCCAGGAUAUUCAACCAAGGAGAUGAAGCUUUCAGACCUUUCCUUCCCAAGCAGUACUGGGAGUGGCAUGCCUGUCAUAUGCACUACCACAGCAUGGAAGUGUUUGCUCACUAUGACAUCAUUGAUUCUCAAGGAAACCGAGUAGCAGAAGGACAUAAAGCUUCCUUUUGCUUGGAGGAUAACAACUGUUUGCCAGAUGUGGAGCCUGUGUUCAAGUGUGCCAACUAUGGGGACCAAGGUAUCAGCCCUGGCUGCACUGACACCUAUGCCUAUAAUAUUGACUGCCAGUGGGUUGACAUCACUGACCUCAAGCCAGGCACAUACACAUUUAAGGUUGCUGUCAAUCCAGAAUUCAAAGUAGCAGAGAUGAGCUUCGAUAACAAUGCUGCCAUUUGUGAAUUAAUAUAUGGGGAGACGAGUUUAUGGGUGGGAAACUGCUCACUGGCCCGGCCCUGAUAUGUGAGAGCAACAGCACCACCACCACCUGCCCUCCCUCUGUCCCUCCCACCACUAUUUGGCUUCCAUGACAUUGCUCAUUGAUGCAUUAUUUAUUAGUUAAUUUAUUUAUUUAUUAAAUGGUUAUCAUUCAUUUGUAUAACAAUUGUAUGUCCAUCAAACAUUUCUAUCCAGCAGGAUCAAAUGGUGUGUUAAGAGUGUAUCUUUAACUUUCUUUGUAGCAAUUCAUGUAUCUAUAGGAACUUUUCCUUUAACCCUGUAUUGAUAAGGGAUCAGUCUUCUUAAAACACUAAUUUACUGUCACAAUUUCUUUUAUGAUAAUUCUUCUGCUUGCUGUGAUAUGAGUAAGAAUGAUUUUAACUUGUGUUUAUUCCACACUUUCAGCUGGCAAUAAAUCCAGAGUUUAAGGUUGCAGAGAAGACAUUUGACAACAAUGCUGCUUCAUGUGAAAUGAUCUAUGGUACCCAGAAUGUGUGGAUGGGGAACUGUUCACUUGGCAGACCCUGAUACAGUAUUAAGAUUAAGUAAAUCUUUCAUAUUUUGUACUAAAACAUGUUGUGUGCCUGUUUCCUUGCUGAUGAUGAAACAUCCUUGUAAAGUUACUCAAACACCAAACUCUCAUUAGUUUUAUGAGAUUAGAAUAAUUCUAGUAAAGUCACCAACACAAUGGACUUUUAUUAAUUAAACACACACACACACACACACACACACACACACACACACACACACACACACACACACACACACACACACCGUGUAGUGUAGUGGUUAGCAC